AUGGGAACACCAGACCACCUGACCUGCCUCUUGAGAAACCUAUAUGCAGGUCAGGAAACAACAGUCAGAACUGGACAUGGAAUAACAGACUCGUUCCAAACAGGAAAAGGAGUACAUCAAGGCUGUAUAUUAUCACCCUGCUUAUGUAAUUUAUAUGCAGAGUACAUCAUGAGAAACGCUGGGCUGAAAGAAGCACAAGCUGGAAUCAAGAUUGCCGGGAGAAAUAUCAAUAACCUCAGAUAUGCAGAUGACACCACCCUUAUGGCAGAAAGUGAAGAGGAACUAAAAAGCCUCUUGAUGAAGGUGAAAGAGGAGCAUGAAAAAGUUGGCUUAAAACUCAACAUUCAGAAAACAAAGAUCAUGGCAUCUGGUCCCAUCACUUCAUGGGAAAUAGCUGGGGAAACAGUGUCAGACUUUAUUUUUUGGGGCUCCAAAAUCACUGCAGAUGGUGAUUGCAGCCAUGAAAUUAAAAGACGCUUACUCCUUGGAAGGAAAGCUAUGACCAACCUAGAUAGCAUAUUCAAAAGCAGAGACCUUAGUUUGCCAACAAAGGUCCGUCUAGUCAAGGCUAUGGUUUUUCCUGUGGUCAUGUGUGGAUAUGAGUGUUGGACUGUGAAGAAAGCUGAGCGCCAAAGAAUUGAUGCUUUUGAACUGUGGUAUUGGAGAAGACUCUUGAGAGUCCCUUGGACUGCAAGGAGAUCCAACCAGUCCAUCCUAAAGGAGAUCAGCCCUGGGAUUUCUUUGGAGGGAAUGAUGCUAAAGCUGAAACUCCAGUACUUUGGCCACCUCAUGCGAAGAGUUGACUCAUUGGAAAAGACUCUGAUGCUGGGAGGGAUUGGGGGCAGGAGGAGAAGGGGACGACAGAGGAUGAGAUGGCUGGAUGGCAUCACUGACUCGAUGGACGUGAGUCUGAGUGAACUCUGGGAGUUGAUGAUGGACAGGGAGGCCUGGCGUGCUGCGAUUCAUGGGGUCGCAAAGAGUCGGACAUGA